UGGGCGUGCCACGAACCGCCUGGAAAAGCAAGAUCUUGGCCGAGGCCAUGGCGUCGCCUCUGCAGAUGGGUGUAUGGUCAUGGUCCCACAAGCAGCACUGACCAGGUAGACGCUACAUGGUGGUGCUCUCGGCUCACUCGUCGUCCAUCGUGGCCCUCUGACCGGUCUUGCACUCCUGCCUCUGGCACCCUCCCAGGCUCGAACGCAGCAACCCGCUCAAGGCUCUCAGCCACAUGGCUUGCGGUCAAGACCGCUAGGCUUGCAUGACAAUCGCCUGCACCUCCGACACUUGGCCAUCGCUUGCGGCAAUGCUCAACGCCCCGGGUCCAAGCGCACCUCGAAGACGCCACUGCUUUGCCUCACGAGCGUGCAUUACGGAGGCCUCUCUCGUAGAUGUAUUACUACAUGGCAUCGCAAACUCAUUUCAUCCACAUCGCCGCUCCAGGAAGGUUGACACGCAUGGAACAUGAGACGGUAAAUGGAAGAAUUGAACGAUCUUGCCACCGAGCUGGCAUCACGGCACCACGUCGCGACGCGGGACGACAUCAAUGUUCGAAGGAUACCGAGGAUGGGACUUCACACUUAGGAGCCUCGUCGUGAGCCGCUAUCGUUCUAUCGCUCUAUCAUCGAUGAAGGGAAAUCGCGGGCCGAGUCGGAUCGCAUUUUCCAUCUCUCGCCCCAAUCAACAUGCGACUCUUUGUGCCUGCGUCGGUGGCUGCUGCCAUCGUUGCCGCCGAUUCGGCCAGCGACCUUUGCUUGGAACGCCCCGACUUGCCCAAGUGCGGCGCGUCGUGCUACAACCCGGCGCGCGCGGCGUGCUGCGGCUCCCAAGUGUACCUCUACUACCAGUGGAACCCGGCGACGAACGCGACCGGCGAGCAGCAGUGCUGUACGAACCGGCACAACGCUUCGUACGUGGCGUUUUCAUGCAAUGGCACGGCCUCGGGCAAUCGCACGGUGGCCAACGCGACGCGCGAAGAGACGAUUGUGGCUCCGACGACGCUUCCCGUCGUGGAUGACUCGUACAACAGCGCGUCGGGCAGCGAUUUCGACGACGAGCUCGGCUCGUGGGACAGCGACGUUGGCGACGACGGUGAAGACGAGGAUGAGCCCAUCAUCGCGGGGGUCAAUGCCCACAACGACGACGAUGCAACACAUGGCAGCAAUUCCACGACCGCCCACAACAGCUCGUCGACGACGCCAACGAUGCACCCAGGAACGCAUACCCACUCAACGCCGCUGCCCACGACGUCCAACAGCUCCUCCAGCUCCCACGACAACGGUCACGACGACGCGGAGGUCGGUGACGGCGAAGACGACGUUGAUUCUGACAUCGACGCUACCGAAGACGCCGAUACCGAAGAUGUCGGUGCCGACGCGGACGCUGCUGAUGGCGAAGACUCUGACAUCGAUGCUGACACUGACAACAGCCGUGUGGCAACGGACGCUCCGCGCUCGCCCGAGCCCACAACCCACAGCACUGGUAACCACUCCACGCCCGAGCCCACAGCCCACAGCAGUGGUAACCACUCGACGCCCGAGCCCACAGCCCAUAUCAGUGGCAACCACUCGACGCCCGAGCCCACAGCCCACAGCAUCGGCAACCACUCCACGCGCGAUGAACCUCAAUUGCUCAACACAUCCGUCGAACACGAGAAGCAGACGCACGUGCCCGGCGCGGCCUUGACGCACUCCAACUCGACCACCAACAACUCGACGCACAAUGCAACGCGCACCAACCGCACGGGGAGCAACGUCAGCGACGAGAGCACGAUCCAGCGGCCGUCCAGCGCCACAGGCACUGUCCAGCACUGCGCAGGUCUGCUCGCGGUGCUCUGCAUCGUUGGGAGCAUGCUCGUGUAG